AUAAUUUAUAGAUUAUUUAUGUGGUUUUAUAUGCCACACAUACGUCCCAAUAAAUUAUAAAAAUGGGAAAAUUAAAAUCAAGCAAAAAGUGUACCAUUUGUUAUAUAAUAACAAUUAUAAUAUUGUUGGCCCUAACCAUUGGAUUUUUUGUCGCUUUUUUAGUUGAAAGAAAUAAAACUAAAAACGAUGACAAUGAGUCGAGUGUAGAGACUACCACACCAUCGCCCACAUCAACGCCCACACCAACUGAUGAUCCAAACCUAUUGUUGCCAAAUGCAGUAAAACCAACACAUUAUGAGUUGAUGGUAGAGCCCGACCACGAGCCGGACCGGUUCAAUGGCACAGUUAGCAUCUCAUUGAAGGUCGAUGUGGCCACCAAUGUCAUUAAAAUACACUCCUAUAAGUUAGAGGUUAAAGUUGAUAAACUAGUCGACAGUAAUAACGAUCAACUAACUGUUAAGAGUGUAGUUUACGAUGAGAAUAGACAGUAUCAUACCAUUCAAUUGGACAGACAACUGGCCAAAGAUGGUCAAUAUAUCAUUACGAUGUCAUUUAGCGGUUCACUCGUCGGAAAGUUAAUUGGAUUUCAUAAAAGCAAUUACACCGAUAGUAAUAACCAAAAAAGACAAUUUUACGCUACAAAAUUUGAGCCCACCUAUGCUAGACAGGCGUUUCCCUGUUUUGAUGAACCAAACUUUAAGGCCACUUAUAGUAUAUCAAUAAUACAUGACAAAAAAYUAACUGCUAUAUCCAAUGGUCAGCAAAUUGAUAAGUUAUCCUAUGAYAGCAACAAAUAUAAAACAGUAUUCAACAAAACUGUCAAAAUGUCCACUUAUUUGGUGGCCUAUGUUAUCAGUGACUUURAACACACUAAAAGUUCAACACAAAGAGGCAAACAGGUUCGUGUAUUUAGCCAACCUGAACAAUUAGAAAACACCAAAUAUGCCCUGGAUACUGCUAUAAAUAUACUUGAAUACUAUGAAAAAUAUUUUCAAAUUGACUAUCCUAUGGAAAAAUUAGAUUUAGUAGCACUGCCAGUGUUUGUAUCGGGUGCUAUGGAAAAUUGGGGUAUUAUUACAUUUAGAGAGGACAGGUUGCUUUAUGACACAACUAAGUCCAGCACUCAGGAUCAAAAAAGUGUGGCCGCAGUUAUAGGACACGAAUUGGCACAUAUGUGGUUCGGAAACUUAGUGACAAUGAAAUGGUGGGAUGACUUGUGGCUUAACGAGGGUUUUGCUUCAUAUAUUGAAUAUCGAGGAGUCAAUGAUACUCAUCCCGAUUGGCAUAUAAAUGUUUUUCUGACCGAUGAUCUGCACGGAGUUAUGCGAACCGAUGCACUGGACAGCUCUCAUCCCAUCAUACAGUCGGUGACAAAUCCCGAUCAAAUUACAGAGAUAUUUGACUCCAUUAGUUAUAAUAAGGGAUCAGCUGUUCUGAGAAUGCUUGAGCACUCUAUAGGUACCGAUACCUUUAGGGAAGGUGUGAUUGAAUAUAUUAAAUURAAUAUUUAUGAUAAUGCAAAAACACAAAACUUAUGGGAUGCCAUACAAACAGUGGUCGAUAAGAAACCAGGACUCAUCACAAGUGUAACCGAUUUUAUGAAUAAGUGGACAACAGUUAAAGGAUAUCCAGUGAUUAACGUUAAGAGACUAUCACCAAACCUACUGGAGCUCAAACAACAAACAUUUCUGUUAGACUCAAACAAACAAAAACUUAAGAUUAAAGACGAAUCAAAUCCGUGGCAAAUAUAUGUAACAUACAGUUCAGGUGAUGGCAUAAGCAGUUCGUUACUAAUGAAACAAAAUGAACAAAAUAUAACAUUGGAUAGAGAGAUAUCAAUUGAAUCGUGGAUUAAAUUAAAUGAUCAACAAUAUGGUUACUAUAUUGUUAAUUAUGAUGAAAGAGAUUGGAAAAUGUUGGCCACAUUAUUGAAGAACAAUCGCGAGGCACUGUCGCCAACAAAUCGGGCAAACCUUAUAUUUGAUGCCUCAAUGCUUGCCGAAAGCGGRAUCAUUACUUAUGAUUUGUUUCUCGAKUUGAUUAGCUAUAUACGCAAUGAGGACAGUCUGAUCCCAUGGACGGUCGCAAACUCGGCGCUCAGCCGAUUAAAAAGCAAACUGAGCUCAACUGUCGGCGGAUUAUCGAUAAAACAAUAUAUGAAGGAAUCCACUGAAAAAAUAUACUCAUCGCUCGGUUGGCAAUCAAAUGUUAGAAAUARUGAACAAAAUUUUCAACAAAAAUUAUUGAGACGUCAGAUAAUAUCGUUGUCGUGUAUUAGCGGUAAUCAGGAAUGUCUUGCAGAGGCUUCGAACCUCUUUCACGACUUUUUAAAUAAUGGCCAACAAAUUGCUGCCGAUAUUCGUGAAUACGGCUAUAAGUAUGGUUUGCAGCAAAGCAACAAUCAUGAAGACUGGGAUCAGGUGUUUAGCUUAUGGCGAACAGAGACCAUUGCCAGCGAACGAAGCAAACUGUUGAGUGCACUGACAAAUGUCCAAAACGGACAGUCACUUUCUAAGCUGAUUGCGUACAGCAAUGAUUCAUCCAAUGAUCAGGAUUUCUUCGCUAUUCAACAAAGUAUUGCCGCCAAUAGUGUUGGCCAACAAUUGGUCUGGAAUUAUAUGAGAGAGAACUGGGAGUAUUUGGUGUCCAGGUUUAAGCUUAACGAUCGUCGACUCGGAACAUACAUAUUGUCGGUAUGCAGUGGUUUCAGUACUCAGAUUCAGUUACAAGAAAUGUAUGACUUUUUUGCUAAAUAUCCYGACGCCGGCGCCACACAAAAAGCCAGAGAACAGUCUAUCGAAAGAGUUAAAAAUAAUUUAGAUUGGCUUAAGACAUAUGAAAGUCAUUUAGUUGAAUGUAUCGACAAUAGUACACAAUUAGCUAAUCCGUGGCUUAACUGGAGAUUAGAUGAUAAGGUGGUGCCUUCUGCUUAUAAACUAAACUGGGACAUAGAUCUUAUUAGCGACACAUUCAGUGGCACUGUCCAGAUAGUGGUCGACGUCAACAAAUCAAUCAACAAAUUUAUAUUGCACUCAAAAGGACUGAAUAUUACAAAAUCUGAAGUAUAUACCGGUGCUGUUAGUGGGGUCACAUCAAAAAGUAAUCAAUUAAAUAAAAAUAGCAUUUCGUUUGAAUACAAACCCAAUGACUUCUGGAUCAUACCUAUCGAUUCAACGAGAAGACCGGGUGUCUAUAGUCUACUACUAGAGUUCAAAGGUAAUCUAAGCACUGGACUAUACGGACUUUACAAGAGUUUGUAUACUGACACUACUAAUCAGCAAAAGAAAUUGGCCACAACUCAGUUCCAGUCGACAUACGCUCGACAGGCGUUCCCCUGUUUUGAUGAACCACAAUUCAAAUCAACAUUUGAGAUAACAGUAAAUCACAAUAAAAACUACAUGGCCCUGUCUAAUAUGCCCGGCCAAACCACUAUUAAUGGCGAUAAAGCUGUGACCAAAUUUGAUAAAUCGGUAAAAAUGGUCACUUAUUUAGUUGCACUGGUAGUCAGCGAGUUUGAAUGCAUUACAAGCAAUAGUGACAUUCGUGUUCAGGUAUGCGGUGCACCGGGAAAUAAGGAUAAACUUGAUUACGCAAAAAUUAAAACACCAGAAAUUUUGAAAUUUUAUGAAAAACAAUACUUUGAUAUACAAUACCCUUUACCUAAACUGGACAAUAUAGCUAUACCAGAUUUUAGUGCCGGUGCUAUGGAAAACUGGGGAUUAGUCACUUAUAGAGAGGUUUAUCUGUUUUAUGAUGAAAAAGAGUCGACAACUAAAGAUCAGAUGAGAAUUUGUAUGAUUAUUGCUCACGAAUUGGCACAUAUGUGGUUCGGUAAUCUGGUGACCACUAAAUGGUGGGAUGACUUGUGGCUCAAUGAAGGUUUCGCAACGUUUAUGUCUUAUAAAGCCGUGGGUCAGGUCGAGAAAGACUGGCAUUAUGACGAUAUCUUUGUAUUGGAUGAGUUGGCUCGAGUUUUUGAGGCCGACUCCACUCCUAAUACUCAUCCAAUACUGGCAUCCGUACAAAAUGCCGACGAUAUCUCAUCUGUAUUUGAUGCCAUCACUUAUGGAAAGGGAGCUUCAAUCUUAAGAAUGUUAGAGUCGGCCUUAGGUGAGGACUACUUCCGCUCCGGUAUUAAAAACUAUCUGAUCAAAUACAAAUAUACCAAUACACUUACUGGUGAACUGUGGGAGGAAUUGACAGCUGCAAAUCCAGAGAAACGAAAUGUUUCCCAAAUAAUGGACACUUGGGUCACAAGAAAAGGCUAUCCAGUGGUAACCAUCUCUCGCGAUAAUACUUCAGCCAAAAAGAUCAAAAUAAAACAAGAAUUGUUUCUCAAAGACACAAAAGAGUCAAAAACAGAUUAUGUCUGGAAGAUCCCAAUUACAUAUAAGGCACCGGCAGAUAAAAAUGUUUAUAACGAGUGGUUAGAGGACAAGGAACGGUCACUUGAGCUUAAAACUAGUGCCAAGUUUAUCAAGUUUAAUGUCGACCAAACAGGUCUUUAUAUAGUUAACUAUCCGAGCGAUGACUGGAAAAACUGGGCCAAAGAGUUAUCUACAGAAACAAGUGAUGUCCGCAAAAAGUUGUCAUCAGUGGACAAAUCGGAACUAAUCAACGAUGCAUUCUAUUUGGCUCGUAGUGGACGUCUUGACUAUAAUAUAGCACUGGAUUUGUCUAAAUUUCUUAAAUACGAGACAUCACUGAUUCCGUGGACAACAGCUCAGACAAUGUUUGCGUACAUCAAGACAUUGAUCUAUACGGACACAGAGAUUGCAUUCAAUUAUUAUAUAAAUGAUUUAAUUGGCAAACACUACAAGGAUUUUGGUUGGGAUGACUCGGUAGGUGAUGCACAGACACGCAGAUUAAGGACAGUUGUAAUAGACAUGGCUUGUGGCUAUCAAUUGGCCGAUUGCCUUAAGACUGCAUCUGAAAAGUUUGCCGGUUGGCUAUUGGAUCAGCCAAUUGAACCAAACCUUUUGUCUCUGGUUUUAAAGUACGGUAUCAGACAAAGCACUGAUAAAAGUAAUUUUGAUUUUUUGAAGAACAAAUAUAUGACCAGUAAGUCACCUCAAGAGAGACUACUUUAUCUACAGGGGCUGACAUCAACAGUUGACAUCCAACUUAUUAAACAACUAUUGGACAGUGCAUUGGAUGAGACUUUUGUUCGUAAACACGACUUCUUCACAUUCCUUACUAAUAUAGCACUUAACAGUCGUACCGGUUGUCUAAUGGUUUGGGAUUACUUCAGAGAUAAAUACCAGGAAAUUGAGAAACGAUUCACAAUAAAUAACUCAAAUCUUGGACGCAUUGUCUAUACAAUAAGCACUCAAUUCACAGAACAGCACCAAAAGGAACAGGUGUUGGAACUGUUCAAACAGUAUCCCAACUCAGGUGCCGGCAAACUGGACAGAGAAAAAGCAUUAGAAGUUUUGGAUACUAAUAUUAAAUGGAUAGAUAGUUAUAAAGACAUUGUCACUGAAUGGUUGACUAACUUUUGUCCCAAAGAAGUUUGUCCGUGGAUUGUGUUUCGUUUAAAUAGAGAUGUCGUUCCCAAACACUAUUAUCUUAACUUACAAGUGGACACCGAAACCAAUGUUUUCAAUGGAAGCGUUAAUAUUGAUGUAGAUAUCAAAAACAACAAAGAAAUUGAGUAUUUCAUUGUUCACGCGGCGAAUAUACUCAAUAUUACGGCAACUCAUGUCAACACAAUUGACGCCAAAAAACAGUAAACUCAAUGGACUGGACAUAAAACAGAAUUUCGAUACUCUCCGCUCCAGUUCUUUGUCAUCCAAUUAAAACAGAAGUCUAGAGAAGCUAAAUAUCAGUUGACAUUUGAGUACAAUUCAAACCUCGAAUUGGGCGGACUUUCCGGACUUUACCGAAGUUUUUACGAAUCAGACGGCAAAACCAUAGGUAUUGCCGCCUCGCAGUUCCAGUCGACUUCGGCCAGAAAGGCAUUCCCAUCAUUUGACGAACCGUCGUUUAGGCCUACGUUUGACAUAACAAUCAUUCAUCAAAACUUCAACAAUGUAACCAUCACUAAUAUGCCUAUAAAAGAUACUCCAAAAGUCGACUAUCCCAUGUCUGGCUGGACAACAACAGUAUAUGAUAGAACUAAACCAAUGGUCACCUAUUUAGUGGCCAUUUUGGUCAGUAAUUUUGCAUGUGAGAAAGCAAAUCCAGUUCCUCCUUUGAACUACACUAUCCGUGUUUGCUCUACUCCUCCAAAGUCAUACAAACUGGACUAUGCAUUGAAAACAACACCUGAAAUAUUCAAAUCUUUUGAAAAAUUGUUGGAAUUUCCUUAUCAAUUGCCAAAAUCCGAUUUGGUAGCCAUACCUCACUUUGCUGCCGGAGCUAUGGAAAACUGGGGACUCGUUAAGUUUAGAGAGAGCGCACUAUUGUGGACAAAGGAUGAGGAUACCAGUGCCAGUCAAAUGGGUGUCGCGUCUAUCAUUGCACACGAAUUGGCACAUAUGUGGUUUGGAAAUAUGCUAACCUGUGAAUUUUGGGGCGACCUAUGGCUUAAUGAAGGUUUCGCAUCAUAUAUGGAAUGGCCGUCCACUGCAUACGCUGAACCUAAAUGGCAUUACAAUGAUUUAUUUGUAAGCACUGAUAUGGUGGGUGCAAUUGCUGCCGAUGUCACAGAAUCUUCGGCACCCAUAGUACGCAAAAUAGACAAACCGGCAGAUAUGUCGUAUUCGAGUGCUAUUGUCUAUAAUAAGGGCUCAUGUAUAAUACGGAUGAUGGAGUUUGCUAUGGAAGAGAAAAACUUUUGGAAAGGCAUUCAAAAAUAUCUAACCGAUUAUCAAUAUUCAACUGUAGUCACUGAUAACUUAUGGACGGCAUUGAAUACCACAUUUCCAGAUAAUUUAGAUGUUAAAAGUAUACAUGAAUUGAUGGGUAAUUGGGUACAAAAAGCAGGCUUUCCAUACAUUAAUAUCACUCGACCUGAUCCUCAGAGACCAAAUGUAAUUGAAAUAAAACAACAACGCUUUCUUGCAAAUGGACAAAAACCUAAAGAAGAUACAAUAUGGUCAAUACCAGUGUCCUAUUAUGCAAAUAUGACUGAAAAAGUAUCAAAAUUAUUUGUUUUCAAAGAUAAAGUGCACGAACAGCCCAUUACAAUAGAAAUGCCUGACCUAUCAGUGGAUAAUCUGAUUAAGUUUAAUGUUGAUAAUACCGGGUUUUAUUUUGUCAAUUAUCCGAUUGAUGAUUGGACCAAAUGGAUCAAUGCAUUAACCAAAAAUACCAACAACAUUAUUAACAAACUAACACCUAAUGAUAGGGCCGGUUUUAUUUUGGAUGUAUUUUAUUUGGCCAGGGCUAAUUUUAUACCACUACUUAAAGCACUGGAUCUGACUAAAUAUCUUCUGAAUGAACCGCAUUGGAGUCCGUGGUCUGUGUUUAACACUAUGUUUAGCGCCGAAAAUGCAAUCAACAGACUGUCUAUGAGUCCAUAUAAGGAAAGCAUGAAUUUGUAUUUGAAUCGUUUAACGAGCAAACAGUACGAUAGAUUGGGAUGGGAUGACAGUAAUGGGGAAAUGCCUGACAAACGAUUGAGAGCAUUGAUAGUUGAUUUGAGUUGUCGUAAUGAUAACCAAAAAUGUCUUUUGGAUGCUUAUAGAGAGUUCAGUAAAUGGAAGAAUGCCAACAAUACCAUUAAACUGUCACCUAAUCUGAGAUCAUCUGUACUCAAGUAUGGUAUCAGACAAAGUGAUAAUUCAUCAGAUUUUGAAUUUGUUUUCAAUAAAUAUAUCGAAACUAAGGAUGACAUGAAAUCAGUAUAUUUAUCGGCACUCACACAGUCUAAGGAUAAAAUUUUAUUGAAAGGAUUGAUUGACACAGCACUGGAUGAUCGUAAAGUACCGGUUUCCGAUUUUGCCAGUUUAUUGGAGAAUAUGGCGUCAAAUACUGAAGGACUUCCAGUUGUUUGGGAUUUUUUUCAAACAAAUUAUGCAAUGCUUAGCAGAAAAUUAUCAGAGAGUCAGCUCAUUAGUCUAUUUAGAAGUAUAUGCGAUAAGUUCGGUGAUAUAUCGCAUAGGAGUGAGAUCGAAAACUUAUUGAAACAAUAUCCAAACAUCGGUCUGUCCAACAAUUCACGCGAGAGCGGUCUUAAUCUGAUCCGACAAAAUCACGAAUGGAUUUCCCAAAACAGUGAUACCAUUGGCCAGUGGUUGGCCUCUAAUGCGUGUGGAGACAUUGUCUGUCCGUGGAGUGAAUUCCGACUCAAUCCAAAAGUAAAACCACUUAACUAUGAGCUCAACAUUCAGAUCAAUGUUACCACUAAUAUCUACAAAGGAAUCGUUACCAUUGAUGUCGAAACGGAAGUUCCCGUUUUAUAUUUCAUAUUACACGCAUCGUCUAUAUUGAAUGUAACCAAUAGUAAGGCAUUUGCUGUUAGCCAAAGCAAAACUUCUAGAUUGCAAAAGGAGUUAAAUAUAGUAAAGACUUUCCAAUACACACCCAAUGACUUUUGGAUCAUUCAAUUGGAUAAAGAAACAGAAAAAGGCAUUUAUCGAUUACAAUACCAAUAUGAAGGUAAUCUAUUAUUGGGUGGACUGUCCGGACUCUACCGAAGCAAAUAUAUCAACAAAAACAAUGAAACUGUUGGUCUGGCGUCCACUCAGUUUGAGUUUACUGACGCCCGAAAGGCGUUCCCUUGUUUUGAUGAACCAUCGUUUAAGUCGACAUUUGAGAUCACUAUUAUUCACGAUAAACAUAUGUCGACCACACUGUCAAAUAUGCCGGGAAAGAGUAGCGAAGCUGAUGAAAACGGUUGGGUGACCACUAAAUUUGAAAAAACACCGGUUCCAAUGGUAACAUAUCUUGUCGCUAUGACUGUCAGUGACUUUGUGUGCUCUAAUGAUGACAAACAUAUACCCAAAGUGGGUAUCUGUGCGGCACAUGUUUGGGAGCAUAAGCAUGAGUUUGCUAUGAAAUCAACGAAAGAUUGUAUAACAUAUUUGGCCAAAGAGUACACAAACAUAUCGUAUCCAUUGCCUAAAGUCGAUAUGAUAGCCAUUCCUGACUUCUAUUACGGAGCGAUGGAAAACUGGGGUUUAGUGACAUUUCGCGAGACUGGACUUCUCUGGGAUAUAAAUGAGGACACGUCGGCAACUAAGAUGUCGAUUCUUGCAGUUAUUGGUCACGAAUUGGCACACUUUUGGUUCGGUAAUCUAGUGACCUGUCAGUGGUGGUCACACUUUUGGCUCAAUGAAGGUUUCGCUACAUUUUUUGAGUACAAAGCAGUUAUCAGUAGUCAACCCGAUUGGGGAUAUGCCGAUCUUUUUGUGAUGAGAGACUUGACCGCUGCUGUAAAAGCUGAUUCAUCGGAAACAUCGCAUCCAUUAGUCCGUACAGUGGACAGUGCUCACGAUGUUCAGGCCUACAGUAGUCUAAUUGUUUACUCUAAGGGAUCAACAGUGGUUCGUAUGUUAGAAUCAGUUAUGGGUGAAACAAAUUUCAAGGCUGGUAUCAGAAACUACUUAAACAACAAUAGUUAUGGCAAUGUUAUCACCGAAAACCUGUUGGAUGCUCUCAAACCAUCAUUUCCGUCGGAACUAUCGGUUGACAUUCACACAUUUAUGGAUGUUUGGACAACAAAAGCUGGCUUUCCAUAUAUUAAUGUUACCCGCGUUGAUAACAACAAGUUUAAGAUAUCACAACAAAGAUUUCUAAUUAACGGCAAAACACCAGAAAAUGACACUGUMUGGAAUAUACCUCUAACUUAUUAUAAAUCAUUUGCCGAUAAAACAUCGAAACUUUACUUUAUAACUAAAAAAGAUGACGAAAUAACUGUUGAAUUGGACGAUAGUGUCAAAGAUUUAAUCAAAUUUAAUGUCGACUAUAAAGGCAUGUAUUUUGUAAAUUAUCCGCCAGAAGAUUGGGAUAAAUGGAUUGAAGCACUCGAUAAUAAUGAAAACAAUUUAGUGGAUAAGCUAACACCAGGCGAUAGAGCAAAUCUAUUGUUGGACGCCAACUACCUGUCCAGAGCUAACAUAAUCUCUAUUGUUCGUAAUCUACAAUUGGCUAAAUAUUUGAAACAUGAGAAACACUUGACUCCCUGGACUAUAGCAUUGGAUGCAUUAAACAAUAUUAAAAAAUAUAUGUUAACAACUAUUGAUUAUCGACAAAAAUUUAUUGAUUAUCUAAAAGAAUUGGCAAAAAAUAUUUAUAAUGAACUGGAAUGGGAUGACAAUAAAGGAACGGAUACUGAAAAAAGAUUGAGAGCCACAAUCAUUGACUUUGUUUGCGGUCUCUAUGAUGACAAUUGUCUGACUUCGGCGCUCAAAGAGUUCACAAAAUGGAAGAACGGUUUGGUAGACAUUUUGAGACCUAAUCUCAAGACUUCUAUAUUGAGAUACGCUAUGAGAAAGAGCACCGAUAGAUCCGAUUGGGAUUUUCUAUGGUCUAAAUAUAUCAACACUAAUAGACCGGUUAUUGAAAAACAGACUUAUCUGAAUGCACUAACCUUUACAACCAAUCCAAUGCUUAUUAAUACACUUUUGCAACGAGCUGUCGACUCGACCGAUAUUAAGACAUCGGACAUACCGACACUAAUAGGUAAUUUAGGGGCCAAUUGGGAUGCCUUACAGAUUACUUGGGAGUUCUUCAAACAAAAUCAUAAAAAGUUUGCCUCAAAGUUGUCGACCAUUCAAAUGGGAGUUGUAUUGAACAACAUUUGUCAACAAUUUGCAAAUACAACGAAAAAACAAGAGGUCGAGAACUUCUUUAGUAGUGAGCAAUCACUUGUCGGAACCUCUUUUGACAAAAAUCGGGCCUUGAAUUCAAUUCAAUCAAAUAUUGAUUGGCUUUCGGCUAAUAAACAAAAAAUUGCAAACUUUUUAGAAUGUGGACUUGAAUCGUGUCUGUGGACUACAUACAGACUUAACGAAAAAAUAGUACCCAAAAGCUAUGACUUAUGGUUUGACAUCGAUUUGAUUAACAGUCAAUUCACGGGAACGGCAACUAUUGAUGUGGACGCUCAGGAAGAUGUCAACUAUUUUAUAGUACACGCGUCUAAGGAAUUGAAUAUCACAUCACAAAAGGUUUUACUCAAUGGUGUGGUUCAAGAAAUUGAUAAAACUUUCCGUUACCUGCCGUACGAGUUCUUUGUCAUACAAAUGAAGACAAAACUAAAUCCUGAUACAUAUCAGCUAUCAUUUCAGUUCAACUCAAAGUUGAACGAAAAUAUGGACGGACUUUACCGAAGCCAGUAUUAUAAAGAUGAAAAACCGAUACCACUGGCAGCCACACAAUUUCAGGCCACAAGUGCCAGAAAGGCGUUCCCUAGUUUUGAUGAGCCUUCGUUUAAGUCGACAUUCAAAAUAAAGAUAACAUCGGAUAAAAAUAUGAAGACAACAAUAUCUAAUGAGGCACAAGAUGGAGAUGCGGUUAUUGAAGGUGAUAAACAAACAAUUAAAUAUAAAGAAACGCCUGAAAUGGUUACCUACUUGGCUGCACUGGUAGUCAGUGAUUUUGAAUGUCUUGAAGACAAUAACAAUUCUUAUCCCGUAUACGUAUGUGCUUCUCCUGUUGAGAAAGAUUUGGGAAAAUUGGACUUUUCAUUGAAAGAAGCACCUCAAGUGCUCAAGUAUUUUGAGACCUAUCUUGAUUCAGCCUAUCAAUUAUCAAAAGCACAUUUUAUAGCCAUACCUGACUUUUCUGCCGGUGCUAUGGAAAACUGGGGUCUAAUAACUUUCCGCGAGACAGCUAUGCUCUGGAGCCCAACUGAGUCAACUUCGACCAAUAAAAUGAGUGUUUUGGCGACCAUUACACACGAAAUUGUUCAUAUGUGGUUCGGUAACCUAUUGACCUGCAAGUGGUGGUCUGACCUAUGGCUUAACGAAGCUUUUGCUUCAUAUUUGGAGUAUACAGCCAUCAAUAAGCUUAAACAGGAUUGGAGUUAUAAUGACUUAUUCCUAAUGACCGAUACAUUGCCGGCUCUAUCGGCUGAUUCGUCGGCCACUUCUCAUCCAAUUGUCAGACCUGUAAAUUCACCGGAAGAGAGGGCUUAUACCAGUGCUAUAGUCUAUAAUAAAGGAGCUUCAGUUUUGCGAAUGCUUGAAUCGGUAAUGGAAAGUAUCAAUUGGGAGACAGCUUUGAAGUCAUAUCUCAAAAAAUAUGAACACAAAACUGUUGAGACUAAAAAUCUUUGGGAUGAACUGCAAACUAAGUUUCCUACUAAUUAUAAGAUAACUGUUGCCGACCUAAUGGACUCGUGGACAACCAAAUCUGGGUUUCCCUACAUAAAUGUUACCCAUUCUGACGAUAAUUUGAUACCAAAUAAAUUGCAUAUAAUUCAAGACAGGUUUUUGGCAAAUGGACAGAAAUCAGAUGACGACAUUGUAUGGACUAUCCCUUUCACAUACUAUUCACAAUUAUCUACAAACAAGCGAACAAUUGAAUUAAUUGAAGACAAAGAAUUAGAUAUCGAGAUAUCAUUAGAGACGGCCACUGAUGGUCUGUUGAAAAUCAACACCAAUAGCGACGGAUAUUAUUUUGUAAAUUACCCGCAAAGCGAUUGGCAAAAGUGGAUCAAAGCGUUGACCGAAAAUCAACACAAUGUUACCAAUACGUUGACCCCCAGUGAUCGGGCAAAUUUCAUAAUAGACUCAUUAUAUUUAUCGAGAGCCGGACUGUUAACCUAUUUAACACCAUUAGAGUUAUCCAAAUACCUUAAACAGGAGACACACUUAACUCCGUGGAGUGUAGCCAUCAGUUUAUUUUCACCGAUUACAAGAUAUCUAUCAUCAACUGAUAGUAAACAAGACUGGCAAAACUAUUUGGUUGAUUUGGCUAAACCUACUUAUGAUAGAUUGGGAUGGUUGGACACGGGUACUCAUGUGGAAAAAAGAUUGCGCUCCAGUAUUAUUGAGUUUAUCUGUGCCAACAAUUAUUAUGACUGUCUCACCAAUGCUCGACUUGAGUACUAUAAGUGGACAGUCGACGACAAAAGCGUACCGCCAAACAUACUGUCCCCAUCACUCAAGUAUGCCAUCAGAAAUGGUGUUGAUUUAGACUGGGAAGAGAUGUGGAAAACAUAUAAAAAAGACUUCAACAGUAUUAAAACUUCAAUACUUGAAUGCACUGGCAUUUACCUCAAACGCUGAACUAAU